AAAAUAUCAAAGGCGGCCAAUUUUUAACAUUUCCCAACGACAAAUAUGAAUUGGCAGACGUUCGCCCAAUCAGGACUUAGUCUUCACCUGCAACAACCAGCAAGUCAUAUAGAAAAUAAAAAAGCGACAAAAAUAUGUAAAUAACGCGCAAUUGUAUUGGUCCUUUCACAUUCCAAUCAACAAUAUAAAAACGCGAAGACCAAAAGCCAAGUAGUUUUUCUUUCUGCGAACUUUCUUCUUUUUUCUUCAUUUUUUUCUCUCACUUUCUCAAGAUCCAAACACACACCCAGAAGGAAAGCGUUGUUCUUAGUUUUUGAAGUAAAAAGAGAAAAUGGCAAAUUGGGAGUUGAAAAGUUGCUGCAAUAAUGACCAAGUGGCCUUUCUGGUGACAAUAGGUGUCUUCACUGUUGUCAUUCUUGCUCUAUGGAGGACAGUGCUAUUGACACCUUUUAAGCUCAUUACAGUAUUCUUACAUGAAGCAAGUCAUGCAAUUGCUUGCAAACUUACCUGUGGUCAAGUAGAAGGGAUCCAGGUUCAUGCAGAUGAAGGUGGAGUAACACAGACACGAGGUGGUGUAUACUGGUUGAUCUUGCCUGCUGGAUUGGCAUUUAUCAAUUUACAAUUGCUUUUGCAUCCAGAUCUUGGCUCAUCAUUUUGGGGGAUGGCUUUAAUUCUUGCAUCCACAAAUCUUGUCACUGCUAGAAUAGCUGCUGGUUGUUUUCUUCUUGCUCUGGUUGUUGUGCUCUUUUAUGCUAAAAAUUGGACACUGAGAGGACUUUGCAUUGGAUUUAUUAUAUUCCUUGCUAUAAUUUGGCUUUUGCAAGAAAGGACAACAGUUCGUAUUCUCCGCUAUGUCAUUCUCUUCAUUGGUGUCAUGAACAGUUUGUUUUCUGUCUACGAUAUCUAUGACGAUCUAAUAUCUCGAAGAGUUAACUCCAGUGAUGCUGAGAAGUUUGCAGAAAUUUGUCCUUGCCCCUGCAAUGGAGUUGGAUGGGGAUUUAUAUGGGGAAUGAUAUCAUUCAUAUUCCUUGCUGGUGCAAUGUAUCUAGGACUUGUCAUCUUAUCUUGAGGUUCAGAGAAUUGGUUUCAAAUUGUCUUGGUAUAGCAAUAGUUACAUUCUUCUCCCGUUAUCCGGUGUAUAUGCUCAAUGAUGUAGGGCAUUUUUCUUGAGAACAUUGUAAUUUGAUUCAUCUGGCGCUGGUAGUGUGCUUGGUUGCACUAACAGGCUGGCUUCAUUCUUUUUAACCCUAUUCAUUUGGGUCAAAAUUUUUUCGACUGGAUUGUAAAGUUAUACAGGUUUGUUCUGCCCUUGAUUCUGAUUGAAAUGUAACAAAAUUAGUUUUGGUGUGGUUCAAUUUUAAUUUGCUGGUAAAUUAUUUACAA